UCGCCGCCCUGGUGGGUGAGCCUGCUGCACCGCCUGCCGCAUCUCAGCCUGCGCUGGGAGCUCACCGCCGCCGACUUCCGCCCGGACGACGCCGAGUACCAGCAGGCUCUGCUGCUGCUGGGUGGCAUCGCGCUCUCCUGCCUGGCUCUGGACCUGCUCUUCCUCUUGUUCUACUCCUUCUGGCUCUGCUGCCGCCACCGAAAGAGCGAAGAACACUUGAAUGCCGACUGCUGCUGCACAGCAUGGUGUGUCAUCAUCGCGACCCUGGUGUGCAGUGCUGGAAUUGCUGUUGGCUUCUAUGGGAAUGGAGAGACAAGUGAUGGCAUCCACAGGCUGACGUACUCCCUACGCCAUGCAAACCGCACUGUGGCAGGUGUCCAAGACCGGGUACUAGAUACCACAGUGGCCCUGAACCAAACAGCAGAGCCAAACUUGCUUAUCCUGGAGGAGAUGUUUGCAAAGCAGACAGACCACUUGCAUGUUAUCCAGAAACUGCAAAGUCUCUUGGAUGAUCUGGUCAGGCAAGCAACUGAGAUCCCCUUCUGGAAGAAUGAAGAGCUGUCUCUGGAGGAGCUGGCAAUUCAGAUUGACCUCUAUGACUGGUACAGGUGGCUCGGAUACCUGGGCCUGCUCCUGUUCCAUGUUCUGAUAUGUUUGUUGGUGCUCUUUGGGCUCAUCAGAAACUCCAGAGCCAUUCUUAUGGGGGUGUGCUUGCUUGGGGUGUUUGCCCUGAUUGUCAGCUGGGGGUCCUUGGGUCUGGAGCUGGCUGUUGCUGUGGGCUCCAGUGACUUCUGUAUUAACCCGGAUGCUUACAUCUCCAAAGUGGUUGAAGAGAACGCAGUGCUUAGUGCUGGUAAGUCUUGGGAUUGGCUUUGGCACAGCUACUGUGGCUCAGCUGUCACGUAGGAGUGUGGCAAUGGC